AUGGCAGCUUCCUUGCUCCGAGUGGGCAUUUGCCCUCUGACAAAAUCAUGUUUUUCUGGUCUCAAGUUGGCAAAUCCAGUAAAGAUCAUAGUUGCAACUUAUGCGAAGCCAACUAAGGCAAAAGGCAAAACGAAAGGUAUGGCCUACCAACCCGUCGAAAAGAAAGAGCUUGAGGUGGAAACAGACCCUGAAAAACUUGUCAAUUAUUGCUGUGGCGCAAACUAUUUUAAAGCAGGAGAAGAUCCAAAAAUAAAACCAGAUGAGGAAUAUCCAGAUUGGUUGUGGGAGCUGCGCACAGAACGACGGCCUAUACCUCUAGAAGAACUUGAUCAGGAUGAUCCAUAUUACUGGCGGCGAUUACGUAAAAUGCAUUUUAGGAGAGCUACUCAGCUGAUGAAAAAGAAGUGA